CGGUCGGUUGUGUAACAGUUUAUCGAAUUUCACGGCAACCUGAUUAAAAUAUGUAAGUAAGCAAAUCCAUAGUUGUAUCCAGUUGGAAAAAAAAGUUAAAUAAAAAUUGUGUUUGGUUGAACAUUAUUGACAACAUAUUCGCGAUCCCUAACUUUAACGGCCGCAAAGUGUUCAUAAUUAACUCCCGAUAAGUACUUCCACACUGCGAACCACUGCGAUGUUAAUAAGUAAACAAAGUGCCAGCGUCAGUCGUGCUUUGAAUUUCGGCAAGAUGAAAUGUUCCGCGUUGCUCCUCGUUUUAAUGUUAUGCGUGUUAUCAGAUGCUUAUAAAGAAAGGCACCAUAGUAAGCACCUGCAUUCAAGAAGAGCUAAUUUUAAGAAGCAGACCACUCCCCCACAUUGCACUCAAGUAACUAAGGAUACAGACUACCAAUCUAGAUACAAAUAUGACUAUCCAGUCGCUUACAUUCAGCCUGGACAGCAUGAGGCCUACCAACAACUAUACUGCGUAAACCCGCCAACAGUUAACAAGGCUGUGACGACUGUUUGUGACUGGGCUGCUCCCCCACAAGUCCAGUUCACCCUCGGAGACGAGUACAUGCACGUCGUCCGCCAGGAUCCCACGGGAAGGUUCCUCGGGAACGCUGUCAUUACAACGUACCAACUAUGCAACCACAACCGCACGUUUAUGACUGAGGCCGUAAAUUCAUCAGUAGUAACAAUUACCAAUGUGUAACGGAACAAACGAAGUUAGAAAAUAAAUGUUUUUUGUAACUUUUCAAUAA